GCCAAGCCGUGCUAGAGGUAUAUACCGAUGCGCUGUAUGUUGAAGAACCGCUUGCGAGGCCGCAAAGAUGAGAUCGUCAUAAGACGCCGCCCUGAUGGAUGACAUUGGAAGCAGGAAUGCAUACUGCGCCGCACGUAGCCUCUCUCGGUAGAAUUUUGGUGGAGUCAAACUACGUGACUCGGUUGGAACGUGCGCUCUACAUCUACGUGCCUGCCUAGUAUAGUAUAUGUUGCAUACAUUGCUCGUAUGCUCCGGUUCAAAUCUUGCGGUGGAUCCUCUAAACGAAUCCUGUUACAUUGCCGCAGUAAAGCACGCCCUCGGGCAUCAGACAUGCGUUACUUCACUCAACCCUUCACCCAUCCGCCAGUCGACGCCAGACUCGUUCACACAUCAUGGUUCGAAGCACAACGCCUGCCCCAGUCGAACUCGAAGUCCAUCGUUGAUGGCUGGCACGACGAAACCGUCGAUGUACUCAAAGCGUUUCACGGUAACGAUAAGAAUGCCGAGGAAACAGCCUUUGCCCUCACCCGCUCGAUUUCCUCGUCGCCGAUACUAGAUCUCGGCUCCUAUUCUAACGAGAUGCUCGACGCUAUGGCCAAACUCCCGGACAAGCUCUUUAAUAGCGAGAUGACCUCUAGCGAAGGGGGCGAUGAGCCGCUUACAUGGGCCGAUUUUCCAUACUUUGCAGCCGGCUUAGGUGAUACGGAAGAAUCUAUACAGCCCGGUCAGCUCUGCCGGAUUUCUCUUAACCCGGAGUCCACAGCUGCAGCGCGGAUGCUCUACCUGCGGUUCCAAGACAUGGAAGUACAGUGCGUAGCGCGCCACAUCUUUAAGUCGACCGAUUCACUAGUCUAUUAUAUCUCAAAUACCUUAGAAAAGCCGAUCGACGAGCUCGAUCAGCAGGUAAUGCCGGCCGUUGACCGCGUAAAAGGUCACAGCUUCAAUUCCUAUAACGAGGCGACGGCCUACCACCAAGUUAAGCUCGAGUGGAAUAUCCCCGCCGUUGCCUCGUGGUUCCGAUAUAACGCGCAGAAGAUUUACGACCUCGUACACGCGGGCGUCCGUCUCGACAAGAUCCUAGAGAAGUCCGAGCAUUAUUGGUCGUAUAGCUCGGAGCGGUAG